CAUACCAUAACUCUGCGCUAACUCAACCCAGCUGCAGCCUGCAGACAGCUCGGAAGCACUCACUGAUGCCAGGUUUUGUGACGGUCUGUACCAGGUGGUGAGACUCAGAAUAGCUCUGACAUGGACUGAUCCAAAUGCUAACACCCGUGUUGCAAUUUAGGGAUCUAAUAACCAUAAAGUCAAGUGCGUCACGCAACAGCUUUACGGGAACUUCUUGCCGUGUUUUAUAUACAUUGGGCACUUUAUAAGUGAGACAAGUGCGCGCAAGCACCAGACGAAGAAGCUUAUCAUUCAGCCAAUUCUGACAUAAGCACGAAUUAAACAAUUCUUCCUUGAGUCUUUAAAGUAGUGUGUUGAAUUUAAGUUAUAAUAUGGGACAGCAAGGCUCCAAAUCCUCCAUAGAGGCGCGGGUGAUUUUCCAGCGGGUUGGCACAGUGGACAUGUAUCAGAGAAUCGACGAAUGUUGUGCCACAGCCUCCGUUGUCCGCAUUCAGAAGAAGGUGAGCUGUCAGUCGGCUUGUACUCACUCUUCCCCCCGGGCAAUGGAGAAGUCCACAGCCAAUUCUUGGACCCAAAGCCGCGGUGACACCGGGGGGCUCGUGUACGUGAUGGACAAUCCAACCGGUGGCGUGUGGGUCAAGCCAGGGGAGAAAUGGACCAGAACUUGAUCCAAAAAUAAAAUAUCGAAUUCUUCGAUGGAAUUGAGUGAAGCACCCCGUGCUUGUAUGCACUCUGAGUGUCCUUAAGCUCCGUCUUCUUCAGAGCAGCAGGAUUUCCGCUGAUUUGGGUUCCUGCGCUGAGGUGCACAUCCAUGGCACAUCCACACUGCAGCGUGUGGAGUCAAAGUGGAUUUAAGUCGUCUCCAGUUGGUUGGACUGAUCACUGUAAUUUAUUGAUUUAGUCUAUAUGAGACGUUCAUAUAUUCAGUGUCAGACUGCACGAGUAGAAGAUGAUGAGGAGAUGAAGAGUACUGUGCGCCCUGGGAUAACGUGUUUUCUUUGGAAACAGGGCGUCAGUCUUGUUUUCAACAUGACGUUUUUUUUGUAAGAAUAAAAACACUUCAGUGUUUGUGGAGUAGAUCAAAUGAAAGAAGGUCGUUUUGGUUAUGUCAGUACUGAGAGUUGGCUACUUUUGGGUGUAAACACAUUGUGAUGACAGCUAACAUCAACUCCUGCGUUAUUUAAAUGACCUACAGUGGAUUUUAAACACAGUGCACUUUGGCCAACUGUGCCAAGGUGAAAAGUGCCUCCUUUCAAUGGCUGAUCAACUUUGAUUCAUUUCUCCUUCCUUUUUGUUUGACUGUAUCCUCUAUUUUAGAAUUCAAUAUAUUACUUUAUGUGGCCUAAUACCAUAGCACAAAUACAUGUUUGAAGCAAAUGUUUACAUAUAUGGUAUUUUGAAAGUGAUGGACUGGAGGUCAAUGCUGACCCACCUUUAGAUUUAAGGCUGGAUGUUUGCACAGAUUGUCUCUCAGUAAGAGAGGGGUGUCAGAGCAGCAUAAUGACACAAUGGACUAAAGGUUUUAGAGAAGCUUUGGGAAGUUUGAGGUGGUUUGGGGAAAGUGAUGGUGUAUUUGAGUGAUACAACACUUGACAAAAAUGUUAAGUGUUGGUGGAUGCCAGGGUUGAACUGUGUGGAUGUUUGAAAUGUAUGUUAAAAUUAAGGAUUUAAUUAAUUAAACUGCCAUAUCAUUUUCUUUAUUUUACUAUUUAGAGAAGGCUAACAAUUCAGUAAUAAGAUGCAUUUCUUUCUUAGGCAGGUGCAAUUUGGAUAUUGUUCCUUAUGUUUACAGAUUGAUUGUCACUUACGCAACUAUUGUGUUGUAUAUGUGAUGAAGAAAUCCUGAACUGUGUCAGAAUGUAAUGUCAGGUCAAUUAUUUAUAUGUGUGCAACAAUGUAUCCAAGGCACUGUGCACCAUGGUCCUGUAUAAAAAAACAAAAACAAAUGACUCCUUUGACCGUUUUUCUUUCUAAUUCAGAAGCGUUUUACUAGAGUGGGCUUUAUUCUCAGAACCCAUAUUUACAGCAAGGUACUUUUUCAGAAACAAAACAUAGCAAUUAAACACUUUUGUGCAAGAAUGUAACUGAUUACCUGAUAGCUUUUAGACUGUGCGAAGUUAAAUAGCAGAAUGUCUGCAGUAAAAUAACUUAGGAUAACCUUAUGUAGCCAAUGCAUGACAAGAUUAGGAUGGUGUCGUUGCAUAAAACGCAGAUGAACAAUAUAGUUCCUACAAAUGCAAAACGUUUACACAACCCUUCGUUUACAGCGUAUACAAACAAGGGAUAGGCCUGUCCUCUGGUUGGUACAAACUUUGCACCCUGGUGUGGCACCUUAUCGGUGAGCCGCGAGGUAUAGUCAGCUUGGACCUAAUGGCUUAUCUAUAAAACUCUGGGCAACGCACUUAGCAAACACUGUGUCAAAAGAGUACUGGAAGUGGAAGAUGUGCCUAUUCCACUUGAGUUGACUGUCUUUAUAUAUCCACGCCGCCAUGGGACUGCGAGGAUCUAAACAACCAGACAUCCAAGUUCUCCUCCUGGGCCUGGACAACGCUGGGAAAUCGACGUUCCUCUACAAACUAAAACACAACGCGUGCGUGAACACAGUCCCUACCAUCGGCUUCAACGUGGAAAUGCUCGAGGCUAAAAAAAACAGGAAGAACAUUACAUUAACGCUGUGGGAUGUCGGUGGGCAGGGAAAGAUGCGCGAGCAUUGGAUGAGUUUCCACCAGGACGCAGCAGCUGUCGUGUUUGUUGUGGACAGCUCGAGCAGGGAGCGUCUGGAGGAGGCGCGGAGGGAGCUGGAGAACACACUGAGAAGCGAGCAGCUGCGGGGCCGUCCGCUGGGUGUUCUGGCCAACAAACAGGACGUGAACGGCGCUCUGACUGUCACUGAACUCAAGGACAAGUUUAACCUGAGGAAGAUUUGUGCAGGUCGGGAUUGGUUCGUUCAACCUUGUUCCGCAUCGACGGGCUUUGGAGUUGAAGAGGCCUUCAAACGAGUGGUCCAAAUGAUCAAUAAAUGAACAUUUAUUUAUAUGAAAUGUGAUAUUUUUAAACCAGACAGUAUGACGAAUUACUUUGAAAUAUGUUUGUAAAUCUAAAUUCAUUUA